AUGGCCACGUGGAACUACACUUCCGAUGCCAUCGGCGGAGACUUCAUCGCCAGAUCUGCGGAGAUCAAGAACGUACUACUCGCGACCUUCGCAGGCCCAGCUGAUGUUGGCGUGCCCAGUCCUGCUGUGCAGUUUACGCUGUACAAAAUGGGCGAGGCUGUGCUGGAGAGAUGCCCGUAUGUUAAGGAUAUCAAGAUCACGAUGCCCAACAUCCACAACAAUCCCAUUGACCUGUCUCGCUUUGGCUGCAAGAACAUCCACCCCCACGGCGAGGUGUUCCUGCCGACAGACGAGCCACAUGGCAUCAUAUCGGCCACGGUGGUGCGAUCGACGUCUAAGCUGGAUGAGUAG